AUGGAGUUGGAGCCCCCGCGCCGGCCGCGAACAUCUGGCGGUAGCAGCCAGAUUUCCUUCGCCACCACUGCCGAUGCCCCGCGAGGCGGUGCAAGCGUGGCCUCGUUGAGCAACAAGUCGGACAACAAGUCGUCCGCUGGUUCCACAAUAAGAGAGACUGUGAGAAAACCUUCCAAAGCGGAGGUGAAAGAGGUCAGACCCACAAAAUGGUACGUGAAGUGCUCGGGCCGCCUUGUGGAUAACACCGCUUUUAUUAGUCUCACUACGCUGCUCACGAUCUAUGCCCUUACCGGGGAUGACCUGCGAGUGCUUCUGACGGAGAAGCCUGCAGACAUCUAUUUCAAUGGUAUGGUUCUGGCUUGCCUGGCCAUCUUCACAUUCGAAAUUUUCAUCUCCGUUCUUGGCAAGGCUGUGCAUCAUUGGCCGCCGCUUUAUGGCUUGGCGUACAUUUGCUCAUUAGUUUUGUGGCAAGGUAGCGAAGGAAGUAGGAUAAUGGGGUCUACAGUCUACGCUCGUUUUUUCCUCCUUGCCCGGAGGCCGACUAUUGGCUUGGAUUCUUUUUCGUUCUAG